AUGUCGGUAACUUACCGGCGACGAAUAGGUCCAGUAAUUGUGCAAGCUAUCUGCCUAUGGUCUUCAAAAAGCGGUGGCCUUUCCGUAAAACUUCUCAGCAUGCGUGUGAUUCGUAUAUGGAAAUUUGCGCAGAAUAUGUUCGAGGCUCAGCAUAAAGCAGUACUUGCGGGACUGAAAACUCGUGUACAGUACAUGUAUGAGCUCCUUCUUGACGGGUAUGGAGUUACGGCCAAGGCAAUCUUCACGGUUCCGUCACGCCAAUGGCGACUUGCAAGGCUUAUUAUAGAAAAGGGCUUUCGCAUUCUUAACAAGGCUCUGGUGAUGUAG